AUGUCCUCCAAGUCCCCCCGAAAGACUCGCGGUCCAAUCUCAGCACUACGGUCAUACUUCAGCAAAUACCGUUUCCACUACAAUCCAUCAAGCUGCACAGAUGGCACAGACAGGUCAACGACAGCAGCUAGCAACCGCACGGAUGACAGGGGACAAAGGCCUACCGGAAAGACAGCUGGCCGCUCCGACUACUCAAAUCCGGAGUCGACACCCGGCCAUCCAGCAGGCCUCGCUUUGACAACCUACCGAUCAGCAGCUCCUACGCCCCACUCACGCGGUCAAUCCUGCUCAUCCCUGCUGGCCAUAGCCCGGCCUGAUCGACCCAGUGGCAAGGACAAUCCAGCAAGUGACGAGGACUUCCGCUAUCUCCGCAGCCUCAUCACCAUCUCCGCCUCGCCGACCCCCGCUGAAGCGACGUCACCCCACCUGCCGGCGUCACCGCGCCUUACGGCACAGAAGAGCCUCUUCGAGACUGGGUUUGCAGCCCGGUGUGGCGCUGAGGUCGAAGGUUUUACAGCGCCCGUCCGCGCGGUAUACCACCCGUCCGCCAAUUUCUGUGAGGAAACCGGUUGCCGUGCGGCCUGA